GUCCUGUUCCCAUUAGCAGUCAUUCCCCAUUGCUAAGGAGGCUCUUGUAGCUACCUGAUGAGAAUCUCAUUUUCUCCUGCCUGAGCUGUCAAUAAUGGGAGGCUUUGUAGGCCAGGCAUUGGCACUACUGAUAUAUGAGCCAGAUAAUUCUCUGGUCUGGGGGCCUGUUCUGUGCAUUGUAAGAUGUUUAAACAGCAUCCUUGGCCUCUACUCCUUACAUGCCAGUAGCAACACCUUCCUCCCUCUAUCCCCCUAGGCAGCGACAACCAAAAGUGUCUCCAGACAUUGCCAAAUGUCCCCUGGGGGACGAAGUCAUCCCCAGUGGAGAACCAAUGGCAUAGAAUGAUGCACUGUCUCACAGAAGAGUGGAGCCUGAUUCAAACCUGCUGGGAAGCUAUGGUUGCUGUCCUACAUCCUUGAGCAGACUGACACCAAGAGUAAUCUAUGAGAGUCUUGUGAAUCUGAAUAUGUAGUUGGACCUAAGAAAAACCCUAAUGGACAAUGAAACUGGCACUGACCGAUGCUACUUGGAUGAAUUCUACCAUCUCCUAGGAGACCUGAAUGUUAAGUUUCUAGAAACAAAGAAACCUGUUUUCUCAUGUUGGGAGCAAUGCUGAAAUUCCAAGAGGCUGCUAAAUAUGUGAGUGGAUCAGUAGCCGUUUCCACUUAUCCAAAGACUUUGAUUGCGAGAAGAUACGUGCUUCAACAGAAACUUGGCAGUGGGAGUUUUGGAACUGUCUAUCUGGUUUCAGACAAGAAAGCCACACAAGGAGAGGAAUUAAAGGUAUUGAAAGAAAUCUCGGUUGGAGAACUCAAUCCAAAUGACACCGUACAGGCAAAUUUGGAGGCCCAGCUCCUUUCCAAGCUGGACCACCCAGCCAUCGUCAAGUUUCACGCAAGCUUUGUGGAGCAAGAUAAUUUCUGCAUUAUCACGGAGUACUGUGAGGGCCGAGAUCUGGACUGUAAAAUCCAGGAGUAUAAAGAAGCUGGAAAAACAUUUUCAGAAGGUCAGAUAAUAGAAUGGUUUAUCCAGCUGUUGCUGGGAGUUGACUACAUGCAUGAGAGGAGGAUACUUCACCGAGACUUGAAAUCAAAAAAUAUAUUUCUGAAAAAUAAUCUACUUAAAAUUGGGGAUUUUGGAGUUUCUCGACUCCUGAUGGGAUCCUGUGAUCUAGCCACCACUUUAACCGGAACUCCCCACUACAUGAGCCCGGAGGCCCUGAAACACCAAGGCUACGACACCAAGUCGGACAUCUGGUCUCUGGCGUGCAUUUUAUAUGAGAUGUGCUGCAUGAACCAUGCAUUCACGGGCUCCAAUUUCUUGUCCAUUGUUUUAAACAUUGUUGAAGGCGACACUCCUUCCCUCCCUAAGAGCCAUCCAAGAGAGCUGAAUGCCAUCAUGGAACGCAUGUUGAACAAGAAUCCUUCACUGAGACCAUCUGCUAUAGAGAUUUUAAAAAUCCCUUACAUUGAUGAGCAACUACAGCACCUGAUUUGUAGAUAUUCGGAAAUGAGUCCAGAAGACAAGAAUUUGAAUUGUCAGAAGGAAGCUGCUCAUAUAAUUAAUGCUGUGCAAAAGCAGAUCCACCUGCAGACCCUGCGGGCGCUCUCGGAAGUGCAGAAAAUGACACCAAGAGAGAGGAUGCGGCUGAGAAAGCUCCAGGCAGCUGAUGAGAAAGCCAGCAAGCUAAAAAAGCUUGUGGAAGAAAAAUAUGAAGAAAAUAAGAAGCGAAUGCAAGAAUGGAGAUCUCGGAACUUUCAGCAGCUAACUGUUGAUGUGCUCCACGAAUCUGAUGACCAGCCUUCGGAGAAUGUGCCCGAGUAUCAGCCCAUUCCUUGCCGGGACCCCGGUGUGCCCCAAUCAAGUGCAGAGGACACCAGAGCUGACCUUGGAGACCACGGGAUCCCAGAAGACCCGCUGCUGGCCGAGGAGUAUUAUGCGGAUGCGUUCGACUCCUGCUCUGAAGCGAGCGAGGAGGCCGAGUCCUCAGGACCCGAGGAGGCGGUCGGGGCCGAUCCCAGAGCCAGCCAGCAGGGCAGUGAUACUGAAGCGCUGGUCAGGUGUUUGGAACACGUCCUGGGAGGCACCUCUGUAGAUACAAGGACGGUCACCGGUGCAGUUCCAGACAUGUUGCCAGAACCAACAAUUUUCAACAGUGCGAUGGCCAGGACCAAGAUGCAACGCGCGAGGGGGUCGGCCAUGCAGAAGCUGGGAGCAGAAGUAUUCGAGGAGGUCUAUACUUACCUCAAGAGAGCCAGGCGGCAGAAAGCUGGCGAAGCGGAGGUCAGGGCGACUCUAGAAAAGGUGGUGCCUCGUGUCAGUGACUGUUUUGAAGUCGACCAGCUCCUCUACUUUGAGGAGCAGUUGCUGCUCACAGUGGGAGAAGGGCCCACACUUCAGAACCAUCAUAAGCAACUGUCAGAAGCAAGCAAAUUCAAGGGGACCAAUUUCUGUGAAAAUCCGUUCAACACCUGAGCAGGACUGUCUCGUGGGAGAUGGGUACAUAGCUGGAG